UAGAGCUGAUUAAAGAAGGGUAUCGAGUUCUGCUGAGGAGGGGGGCACUAGUGGGGCAUAAUGAAUGGGAUCUGUGGGUCUACAGGGUAUUUAAACAGACUGCAACUAACUUUCUCAUCUUAAGCUUCUCCAUUCCAGCAUACAGGUGUGCUCUUCUCAGUCUACUAUGGUUACUGUCCGCUAUUUAAUGUUCCUCAGAGAGUCCUUAGAGAACGGCAGCCAGCUGGACACACUGACUCCAGAUCAGCCCGGAUUCAGCCGCACGGGAUACACUGUAGUGGCAGUGUGUUUGGGAAUAAUCUUUCUUUUCGGUUUCCUAAAUAACUUUCUUGUUCUUUUGGUCUUCGCCCGCUUUCAUGUCCUGAGGACUCCGAUCAAUUUAAUACUGCUGAACAUCAGUGUAAGCGACAUGCUUGUUUGUAUCUUUGGCACACCUUUAAGUUUCGCCGCGUCUGUAUACGGCCGGUGGCUGACGGGAGUUCACGGCUGCAGGUGGUAUGGUUUUGCCAACGCACUGUUUGGUAUUGUUUCACUGGUAUCUCUUGCUGUGCUGUCAUACGAGCGUUACAGCACCAUCCUCUGCUGUUCAAAAGCGGAUGUUUCCGACUAUAGGAAGGCCUGGCUCUUCAUCACAGGCUGCUGGCUGUACUCUCUCGCGUGGACAGUGCCACCACUCUUCGGCUGGAGCAGCUACGGUCCUGAAGGUCCUGGCACCACCUGUUCAGUCCAGUGGAACCAUCACUCCCCAGAAACGAGUUCUUACGUCAUCUGCCUCUUUGUCUUUUGCCUGCUGCUGCCUCUUCUUCUCAUGGUCUUCUGCUACGGGAAGAUCCUCAUUGCCAUUCAUGGGGUUGCUAAGAUCAAUCAGACAGCUGCACAGAGGAGAGAGACGCACGUGCUGCUGAUGGUGGUUUCCAUGGUGUCCUGUUACCUGCUCUGUUGGAUGCCAUACGGGGUCAUGGCAUUGCUUGGCACAUUCAGCGUAGGCAUUGUCAGCCCCACAGCCAGCGUCGUGUCCUCCAUACUAGCAAAGAGCAGCACUGUUUUGAAUCCCAUCAUCUAUGUUCUGUUCAAUAAUCAGUUCUACAGGUGCUUUAUAGCUUUAGUAAGAUGCAGUCCAGAACCUCCAGCCCAUCUCACUCUUCACACAGAAGAAGGUGGUGCUCAACAGGACUGCAUCCCUAUGGGGUCAUAUGGUGCUACUUCUCCACCUGACAGCCCAGACAAGUUUGGGACGCCCACAAUGACCCAAAGGGCUUCACUACAGAGAGGUAAUAAGACUUUGGUUCUUGUGGUGCACUGUACUCCUUGAAAGCCCUGGAUAUGGAAGUACUAUCCAUGCAAAACCAUGUAUGAAGAGACAGGAAACAACAUUGUGCGCAUUCUUACUGCCAUACACUUAACUCAAUGUGUGUUUUAUAAGAAAGAUACUAUAUAUAAGUAUUUUGCAUCAAAGUUUUGUGUUUUUAUAAGUGCAAUGUAGAUGUUAUUAUUUAAUUUGUUUAAAUUUGUUUUAAAUGUUGCAUAAAAGUUUUGCCACCAGGUGUCAGUAUUUGUUCAAACGUUAAACAAUGUAACUUGGGCUUGGCAACAUCCAAAGGUCAUGCAUAUGGUGUGCAAAGGUAUGAAAAAAUAGAAGCAGGGUCAUCGCUAAAGGGGAAAAAGUUGGUGAUGAUUCUUGGGGCCCCCAGCUUUUGAGAAGGCCCCCACGAUUUCAACCCCGGUAUGCGAUUUCAACCGAGAAAGGCCCACAGCAACAACCUGCACUGGGGCUCCGAAUACCCUAGCUGUGGCCUUGUGUAGUUAGGAUGUUUCGGUCAUACUAUAUCUGAAUAUAUUGUUUUUGUCUCUCUUUUUUGAGUAUAUUGUUUUUGUCAAGAGUCAAGUUAUUUUUCAAUUUAUAUCUGCCUCAUGAACCUGUCUUUUCUCUCA